AUGUCACAGUGGCUGGAGCAGGAGAAAAGCCCUACAAAUGCAGGAAGUGUGGGAAGGCCUUCAUUUAUUGCUCAGUUCUUAAUUCAACAUCAGAGAAUUCACAGUGGAGAGAGACCUUAUGAGUGUACUGAAUGUGGCAAGACAUUCAGUCGUAGUACACACCUUACUCAGCAUCAAAGAAUUCACACCAGUGAGAAGCCCUGUAAAUGUCUUGAAUGUGGCAAGGCUUUUAAUCAGAACACACAUCUUACUCUACAUCAGAGAAUCCAUACUGGAGAGAAACCUUAUGAAUGCAAUGAAUGUGGUAGGUCCUUUAGUCAGAGUGCACAUCUUACUCAGCAUCAAAGAAUGCAUACAGGAGAAAAACCCUAUGAAUGUAAUGAAUGUGAGAAAGCCUUCCAUGAUCACUCAGCUCUUAUUCAACAUCAUAUUGUCCAUACUGCAGAGAAACCCUAUGAAUGUCAUGACUGUGGGAAAGCUUUCAGUUACUGUUCGGACCUCUUUCAACAUCAGAGAAUGCACACUGGAGAGAAACCAUGCCAAUGCAAUGAAUGUGGGAAUGCCUUUAGUGAUUAUUCAGCCCUUAUUCAGCAUCAUAGAACUCACACUGGAGAAAAGCCCUGUGACUGUAAUGAAUGUGAGAAAGCCUUUGGUAACUAUUCAGCUGUUAUUCGACAUCAAAGAACACAUACAGGAGAAAAGCCUUAUGAAUGUAAGCAAUGUGGAAAAGCCUUUAGCAGAAGCACAUACCUUACUCAACAUCGGAGAAGUCAUACAGGAGAGAAACCAUAUAAAUGCAAUGAAUGUGAGAAAACUUUCAGCCAGAGUUCAUUCCUUACACAGCAUACGAGGGUUCAUACUGGAGAAAAACCCUACAAAUGUAAUGAAUGUGGAAAAGCUUUUAGUGACCGCUCAGGACAUAUUCAGAGAACUCACACUGGAGAGAAGCCCUGUGAAUGUAAUGACUGUGGGAAACCUUUCAGUUUCUGUUCACCCCUAAUUCAACAUAAGAGAAAUCAUACCAGAAAGAAGCCCUAUAAAUGCACUGACUGUGGAAAAGCCUUCAGUGAUCGGUUAGCACUUGUUCAACAUCAGAUAAAUCACACUGGAGAAAAUACCUAUAAAUGUACUGAAUGUGGAAAAGCAUUCAGUCAGAGUACACACCUCAAAAAUCACCAGAAAACUCAUACUAGUGAAAAAUCCUAUAAAUGUAAUGAAUGUAGAAAGGCAUUCAGUUACUGCUCUGGUCUUAUCCAACAUCAGGUCAUUCAUACUGUAGAAAAACCUUAUGAAUGCAGUAAAUGUGGCAAAGCCUUUAGGCAGAGGACAGACCUUAAAAAACAUCAGAAAAUGCAUACUGAAGAGAAACCCUAUGAAUGUAAUGAAUGUGGGAAAGCCUUUAGCCAGAGCACAUAUCUUACAAAACACCAAAAAAUUCAUAAUGAAGAGAAAUCAAAUAUACAUACUGAGUGUGGGGAAACCAUUAGACAAAACUCUUCUUUUUUACAACAAUAAAAACUUCACGCUGGAGAGAAAUUCUCUGAAUGCCUUAAGAAUUUGGUUAAUAUGGAGACCCUUCCCAGGGAAACAGAAGGAGGAUCAUAAAAACUGUUGACUGCUUAGAAUGAUCACAUGGUUUAGUGGAGAGAGCAUGUUUCUGGGUUUUAGAAGUCAUGGAUCUCAAUCUCAGCUCUAUUACUAACUAGAUCUUUUACUUCAGGGUAAGUCACUUCAUAUCUUCAGGCCUUAAUUUCCUCAUCUGAAAAAUUGGAAGGCCUGAUUUGUUGAGCUUUAAGAUCCUCAAUUAUUAUAUUUACUAGGAAUUCAAGUUUCUAUAAAUGUGGUUCAGAAUUGUGACUUAUUUAAUGUACAUCAGGUAUGACUCACAAGUGAGCUUGUAGUAGCUAUUAAGGAGUCAAUAAAGAUAU